UCAGUGACUUCAGCUCACUAAAGACCUCUCUUCCAAGGCGGGAACGAACUGCCCUUUCCCUCCGAAUUUCUCUAAAUCUUUUUCCCAUUCUUUCAUUCACAAUCUCCCAAAUUAUCCAAUCAUCCCCCAUAGCCCUAGAUUUGUAAAUUCCCAAAACCCUAAUACGAUGGACGAAGCCGUUGAGAAAGACGAGCCUUCGCCGGCGAAGGAGAUCAGCCCCGAAGGCCUCCGGCGGCCGGCGCGGCGCUGUGUUCGCCGGAAAUUGGUUCAAUCCACGCUGUUCACUCAAAAACCCCAGGGGCGCGAAGAGAACGGCGAUCAGAAGGGUGAGAAGAGCUGUGGCGAAGAUGAGGACGGUGAGGACGAGGAGUUGUGUGGGAGUCAGAGCAACAAAAGGAAGCCCAAAGGAAAGGCAAUGCCUCAACCUAGAGCUUCUAAGAAGCAGUUGAAGGAGAAGCGACCGGUGAAUACUACACCCAAGAAAACAUCGGCUAAUUCAAUAAAGUGUGAAGCUGCGUCGCCGCCAAUUCCUGAUUUGCGGUUAGAGGCAAAGAAGUCGGCUGAGGAAAAUUCGCGGAUGUUUGCAGGGAAGCAAAUACAUCCCUUUUUCUCAUCAUGGAAAGUGGGUAAGAAAAAUCAAGAGCUGACCGAAGGAGAUGGUAGUUGGUGCUCGUUUGACAGAAAGGAUAAACGAAUUACUUGUGGCCCAAUUCAUGUAUUUGAAACGAUUCAAGACGAUGCAGCAUUUCUUGACUGGAGAAACUGGACAUUUUGUGAUGACACCAGUAUCAAUGCCAUUCAUGGUUUAGAGAACACAUCACUGUCAGUUUAUGAAGGCUCUGCUGGGUCGUUGCAUAUUGACAACCUUCCUAUCAUUUUACAUCCCUGUGAUGCAUUAACCUUACAGAACGAAGUGCCUUUGGAUCAGCAUCUUAGUAAACAAGAACAUUUGCCUGAACUGGACUAUGAGGUGGAUAAAGCUGGUUUAUUAUCUGGGCAUACCAGCUGUCUAAGGAGGUCAGACACUGAGGUGCAAAGUAGAUUUCUUCAGGAAAGGAUGAUGUCAUAUUAUACUGGUCCUGGUAAUCAGCUUGAGGGUUCCUUAUGGACUUAUAAGUACAAGCCAAAGAAGGCCACAGAGGUAUGCGGUAAUGAUGAAGCUGUGAAGUUUUUGAGUGAUUGGCUACGUCUUUGGCAUGCAAGAAGUUUCCAUACCAGAAAAGAUCAGGCUGGUGGUGAUCAAUGUAACAUGCAGGAUGAUGACUAUUACUGUUCUCAUAAUGACUCUGAUUCAGAAGAAAUAGAUGAAGAUGAUAGACUUAAGAAUGUUCUCUUGGUUACAGGACCAAUAGGGAGUGGGAAAUCUGCCGCUAUCUAUGCUUGUGCACAAGAGCAAGGGUUCGAGGUUUUGGAGGUAAGUGCAUCAGACUGUCGGAAUGGAGCUCUUGUGAAGCAGAGGUUUGGAGAGGCUCUAGAAUCACGUUGGCUCAAAAGGCCAUUGGGACAUCCUGUGGAAUCAUGUAACAAUGAUGCGGUAAAGUCUCCCUUGGCUGUUCCCAAUGGCAAAGCAUCACAAGGGUUUGAAAACGAGCUGGUUGAAGUGAUAUCCUUAUCAGAUGAGGAAGCUUCCCAUGAUAAGAUUGGAGCCCCAGCAAAAUUUGUCUACAAGGAGAAUGGAAUUGCCAGUCAUCAAGGUGAAGUUAAGCCUUUGAUUCUCUUUGAGGAUGUGGAUAUCACGUUUCUCGAGGAUCGUGGUUUUGUUGCUGCAAUACAACAAGUUGCUGAAACAGCAAAGGGACCCAUGAUACUGACCAGCAAUAGUAUCAAUCCUGUCCUGCCCGACAAUUUGGACAGGCUACAGGUGUGUUUCAAAUUGCCAUCAUCGAAAGAGCUUCUUUGCCAUGCAUAUAUGGUUUGUGCAGCAGAAGGAGCCAACAUCCAUCCUCAUUUACUAGAGCGAUUAAUUGGGUCUUGUCGUGGAGAUAUUCGAAAAAUCAUUAUGCAUCUUCAGUUCUGGUGCCAGGGUAAAAGAUUUAGAAGAGAGAGGGAGGUGCGGAAAACGUAUGGUUCAUUGCUAUUUGAUGUUGAGACUGGCCAUCGGAUACUACCAAAGAUUAUCCCCUGGGAAUUCCCUUCUCAGUUAUCAGAGCUAAUUGAGAAGGAGAUCUCCAAGUCGUUAUCCAUGAUGGAUGAAAAUUCUAGUUUAAUGGGGGUAGUUGAGGAGGAACUUGACGAAAAUUUAAUGCAAAAAGGUUUGGAUACGCCUGAUAAUGAAACAUACAAGAUAGAGACCAAGAAGUUAGCAAUGUUGAAGAGGAAUGGCUCUGUUCAAGACUGCAAUGAAUUCACUGAUCAAUUUGAUGAAUUAUCCAAUUCUGCAGGCACUCCCAUACCUUUAUCUCGGCAAACUGUUCGAAGGAAACAUGUAGUACUGUCUUCUGAUUCUGAAGACGAGAAUUUAAGUAAUGGGUAUCCCGUAGUUUUGGAUAAAAAUACUAACAAUGAAGCAUCCCAAGGAGUCAAUAAUAACUUCCCCUCUUGUUUUCCAUUAACUGAAAACUGCUUAAGCCCAUCAACCGACAAGCUACUUUCUGGAGUGGAGAAUUUGGAAGAAAGAGGUUAUCAAUGUUCAGGAAGACCAGAUGGUAUACAAAUUGAUGAAACAUGCCAAUCAUUCGAUGUAUCAUGCGUGCCAGAAUCAACAUUUGUUCCUGAAACAGUGAUAGGUGAUGUAACAGAGCUGUUAUCUGGAACGGUGUCCUGUGGUCAUGUUCGUGAUACCUUGGAAGUUUCUGUGAGCAAUGAUUCAAUUCAGACCCCGUUACCAGUUGAAGCAGACAAUCUUGAUAAACCUAUACUCAGAUGGGGAAAUACUUGUGAUAUGGAUCCAGACAUUUCUAAUAGAGAGGUGGAAGAUUCUCAAGAUGAAAAUGUGGAGGGUACAAGAAAUUAUCAAGUGAUGGAUGAGUGCAGUCGCGUGGAUUUUGAUAAGGCUUACAAAUUUGUAGAGAAGCCUACCUCGUUGGUGGUGACAGAUUUAGUACAAGAGUCAUGGAUAAAGCUUCGUGGCUGCCGGACAGAUCUAAGGCAUUAUGUUGGCUUAGAACAACACGAUGCAAUUAAAAGUAUCAAACUUGCUUAUGGUAUGAGUGGUCUGAUCUCAGAAGCUGACGUGUUGCUUUGUAACUGCCCAUUAGUAGAUUCUUUGGAACCUGAGGUCCCUUCUGAGGGAUCAGAUGCAUUCAGCUGGUGUGAUGAGCAAAUACGGAUGACAUCAACAAUUGCCCAGCAUGGUUUUUGCUUUUAUGCAAAAGACAUAGCUGCUCUAGGAUCAAAGAUUGCUUGUGAGAGCAGUGUCGAUUUACCCUCAGAGAUGCUGGCUUCCACAACUAAUAUGAUGGCGUUGGGUAAAUUAAUUGGACAUGAUAUGAGAACAACUAGGACUUUGCAUGCAGCGAGGAGUUUAGAGAUGAGUCCACCUAAAAGUGAUUUAUCAAAAAGUGAAAUCAAUUCAAGUCCUUUUGAUAUAAUCCAGUCCAUAAUUCCUGCAAGAUCAUACUUGACGGCAAGAGAUGUUGGAUUCUGUGAGUAUCUCUCUUCAUUGCGCCACAUUUCAAGAUCAGAAGCUUCCCGUUUGUCUGGAGGCAUUGGCAAGACCAGAAGACGGAGGGGACGGGCUGCUCGACACUACUUGAGUACUGGUUCAUUAGGGUUGUCGCCUGAAGACAUAUUGUUUCUGGAUCAAAAUAACUUUUUUGGGAAGAUUUCAUCCCAGUGAGAUAGAAAUUCCAACUAGGAGAACUAACAGAAUAGAUGCUAUAACCUUUUCAUUUAUACCAUGAUAUGGUCAUUGGCUAGAUAGAGGAGUGCUAUAGAAGAAUGUGACAUAACUAGAUGAAGGGCGAGUUCGCUGUAAAGGGAAUAUUCAGCAUUAUUUUAUGUUGGUUUGUGUCAAUAGCCACAGCCCAACAGUCCCUGAUGGAAGGGGCUUUCCGGAGUAGCUACGUUGAGCCAGCUUGGGAUAUGAUUCAAUUCCAUUUCCCUCAUUGUAAAGCUUUAUAGUGGUUCUAUUUUAUUAAUUGUAUUAUCUAAUGCAUGGUCAUUCAAAUAAAGAAAUUUUCUCAACU